AUGUCUCGACUCAACUACCUCACCAUCAUCAUCAUCACACUAGCAGCCGCCGCCGCCAUCUCCGCGGCCGCCGACGACGACGGGGAGGAGUACUACAUCCUCGACAACCCGACGACCAUGUUCCGGUCGCGGAGCCUGUUCCUCAACGAGCGGAUCCGCAAAGGGAUGCGCUGCUCGCCCGGCGGCGGCAACAUAUGCGACGGCGUCCCGGCCAACAACGGGACGGCGCUCCUCCGGUGCUGCAAGAACCACUGCCGCAACGUGGUCCAGGACGAGAACAACUGCGGCGCGUGCGGCGACAAGUGCGGGUUCGGCCUCCACUGCUGCGACGGCGCGUGUGUCAGCUUCGCGUCCAGUGCGAGCCACUGCGGGGAGUGCAACCGGCGGUGCUCCAGUGGGUUGAAGUGCGAGUAUGGCUCUUGUGGGUACGCUUGA